AUGAGCAACCAAGAUGUCGACGAGGAUCACGACAGACGCCAUAUACCUACGCAGCAAGGUCUCGUUUCAGGCCUUAGACCCACGCUAGCCAGAAGCGACACAGAAAACUUGUUGUCAUACUACCAAUCACCCCUGGCAGACAGCCGCUACGAAGACAACGAAGGCAAAGCGCGAAAACCAACAGUUCCUUCUCGGCAACUCUCAAUCGCCUCCUCUGAAUCAGAUUAUUCGGACUCAAGUCACAGUGAUUACACUGGCGCGGCUGCUCAGAAACGUCUUAACAUACCCUCCGAAGGCGGCUCGGAUCGAAGAAGAGUGGCUAUAGUAGAGAUGGACGCUGUGUUGGAGACUGCGAAAAGAAAUGGUAGUCUGCGGUCUAGAAGAGGAAAGGAUGUGUUCGGCAGUUUGGCACUUGUGGCCCCCCCAGACGCUUCACCGAAAUCAUAUUCUCAGCUCACUCCUCCGUUGACCGCUCCCAUCGAAGGCAAACAUGGCUUAGAGCUUCCCAAUCAAGAUGAGUCACGGGCUCACCAUCGUUCUCAAUCUGAGGCUGUUUCUCCGAAAAAGCCUUCCAGAGAUGUUGGGAUCGUUGGGACUGCUCUCCAGCCAAUCAUUCUUGACCUGGAUACUGUCAAUGCGCAAGGUCAAGCUUUACAACCACCACCACUUUUCAUUCAUCCGGAGUCUCGCUCACCAACUCCCGGUGAUCUGUCGUCGCCAACAUCACUAAUGCCGCCUGUAAAGCGAAGGUCAACUGGCCAAUCUAUCACUGUAGUCACUCCGGAAAUAGGUGCAGAAAAACCCAUCGAUGUGCCUGUUGCAAGUCCUGUGGUCGUCAGACUUGAUCGCAGGGACAUUGUGCAAACGGCUUUACCAGAAGCAAGCCCUCCGUCCAACAAUGGCCCGCAAAUAGCCGUUCAAUCCGGGCUGCAUUCACCACAUGUACCGUCAUCUUACCUCAAUUAUAAACCUGGUAUCCAUGCGACAGCCGGUCCCCUUCCUCCUCCUCCUCGCGCAGCAUUCGUUAUCGACACGCAGGCUCCACCACCUCCACGCCCACCUCGACUAAAUUCACCCGUUCCUCAGCAAACGAGUCACACGCUGUUCCCCAAUACCCGCUUCGCUAACACCAGUCCACGUAGGGGGGACGUCGACGUUAUACGCCAGGCGCUUCAACUACCUCCUUCAGUCGCUAAGGCUCUUGCAGCUAGACCUAUGUCAACUAAGCCGUCAACAGGUAUCUCCCCCAAUGCAGUCGAUAAUCCGAGCAUGGAUGCUCCAGACGCGACAAAGUCUGCACAUCGUCGAGAAGGAGCCUUUUCACCUUCUUCCGAGGACACCGCAGCCCAAUUCGUCACGAUCAACGUUGCUGAAGCGGAGACUGUGAUACCACCGUCCCUUCGACGCGUAGACCAGCACAUCCAACCUAUACACGAUAACGUCAUAGAAAGCGGCACAUCUAUCACCGAAGUACAUCCACUCAAGCCACCGGCCUUUGCCUCAUCGAUAUCUGCAGGAUCCUCCUCGUCCUCUUUUGGUACUGUGCAGUCUGUCGGCUUUGGAAACGCAACAGAUCAACUGCAACCCGGAGUCUCUGCCAAUCCGAUACAAGAAGAUACGUGGGUCGACGUUCAUACCGUCGAAAGUUCUCCUUCCUUUGGGGCCUCUGUUGAACACCCCCGCCUCUCAGCGGAGCAUUCACAUCAUACACGGACUAUUGCCUCACAUGCCACUUCUCAGUCACUCUCCGUGGACGAACAUACAACCACUACAUCUGUUUCUCGCUCAUCAUCGGUGUCUCCGGCAUUACCUCGUUCACAUUCACCCUCAAUCAACUCUCAAGCAGACUCCCGUUCCUCGUCCCUUUCUCCAGCACCGUCGCCUCCGCCAAAAAGUUUCCGACACUCAAUCACCACUGGUCUAAAGCGGAUGAGCCUACCGCGCACUCCUUCCGCGAAGAGUUUGGGCCGAACAUCUCAUGACCGGGAGCGAAGUUCCAACGAAGAUGAAACAUCUAAUCAUCCUCUACCUGAUAUACCUCAAGCUCGUCUUCUCAAUUUCCAGCCACUUAUCCCUUUGAGAAAUAUUCAGUCCUACCAACAAGUCACCCGCCCGUAUAUCACACCCCUUCAACCAAUGAGGCGAAAACGUAAAAUCGAUCCAAAUCCCGCCGCUAUGUUCUGUUCUGAGGUAACGGCAAGACAAAAUGCGGGAGAACGAUGCAUGCUCUACGCUCAAAAAAUCAAUGAUUUAUGGGGAUAUGACUGUGGGCUGGAGGAGUGGAUGGAAAACAUUCGCAAUAGAGGCUCUGGUUCCACAAGCCGUGGACCUGCAAUUUCGCUCAUACAGUCUACUCCUACAUCACCCAUUUCUACUAGCUUCAAUACCAUGUCACCGUCCACGAUUCCAUUUACCUCCACACUUCGCCAAACAUCACGUUCCUCGUAUACGUCCGUUAUAACCGAGGCCACCUUUCCACGAAGACCAGAUGCAUCUGCUGCCACAGAUCUAGCCAUGACCUUCAAGGAUGCAUUAUCUCUGAGCCCUCCUACCGGGCCACCCCCUCUGCCCUAUCCGUCGCUAGUAUCAACAAACCAGAGAUUUCCCGGUCGAUCAAACUCGUCUGUGGGUAGCACCAGUGGGAGUGAUUCUCCUGCAAGAGGAUACAAAUCUUUGAUGCCAUUGACCCCAGCGAGCAAAACCGGGGCUUUUUUUGCAUCAUUGGGUCGCAAAGCGAGUGUCAGCAGAAAGGAUAAGGGUCUUGGCAGUUCGACAGGCUCGGGCUUGGUAUCAUCAUCGUCGCGGUUGACGAAACAACCACACAAGCACAGCUCACAGAAUAGUCAUCCACCUGCUACGGUUACAGCAGGACCGCCUUCUGUUCCCGGAGGCCCGAGAGCACCGCCUAAUAGGAUGCUCAGGUCGCAGACAAUGAUGAUAUCACCUAUGCUUUCGGAAGGCUCCAACUCCAGUUCGGUUGGGAAAUUGAAUGUAAUGGGCAGGAGGCCUUCGCUGUACAACAUUCCUUCAGCCGAUAGUGUGCAUCACUCAACCCCUUACAAUGGGCACCUGAGUAAUCCCACUGUAACAGGAGGACCACGCUCUCAAUCGUCUUCACCGUCGAAACAACCCUUGAAACCUCGUUACGAGUCGCCAACUCCCCCAGAGUCCUCGUGGGACCUAGAGUUCCGACGUCAGGUUGACAAACUCUCUGACUUGAUGCCGCAUGCAGAUCGGAUUGUAUUGGCUGGAUACUUGAAGAGGUCAGGACAAGAUAUUUUGGCAAUCGGACAGUACUUAGAGGAUGAAAAGAAUGGGCGUCUGAGAAGGGAUUAG